AUGUUCGGCAGUUUGUCGAUGCUUGCAAGGUUGUCGCGCGACUACUACCCCGCCAUCGCUCUUGCGCAGCCGCUUCCUCUCCUCAUCCUCCUCCUCCGCCAGCACUCCGAUGGCGCCAUCCGCGCCCGUGUGUGCAACUUCGUGGGGAAUAUCUGUAGGUACUCGGACUACUUCUACAAGGCUCUGGAUGAGACUGGCCUGCUGGACGAGAUCAUCAAGUGCGCAGGAGACGAGGAUUCGAAUACCCGCAAGUUUGCUUGUUUCGCGCUCGGCAAUGCUGCAUUUCACAGCGCCUUGCUCUAUCCUCGGCUCAAGCUCGCCAUCCCUCUACUCAUCGAGUGCGUGCAAGAGACCACGGAGAAGACAAGAUCGAAUGCUGCCGGAGCCCUGGGCAACCUCGUCCGAAACUCUCCGAUGGUAUAG